AUGGAGGAAUCGAAAGAAAUGGGCACCUACAAAAGACCAUCCAAAGUGACCGGCAUUGAAAUUGAGAAAGACAAGGAAGUUUCUUCAAAUCGCCGUUCAUCGAGGAUCCCUACGACCGAGAUUUUCAAGAACGAAUUUGGAACCGAGGAUACAGAAAACGAUGAAGGUCCAGGUCCUGUCAUCUCAAGGUUUCAAAGACAAAAUGCCAAAACUAUUACAUUCGAUGAGGGAUUUGAGAAGGGAGAUCUUACAUACGCUCCUAGUAAUCGGCACCCGUAUUACAUGACCAUCCAGCGCGACCAAAUGUUGAAGAUGUUCGAUCUAAAACAGAUGGGCCAGUGGGCUACGACGGCAGACUAUCCUGACAGGUCUUCUGCGGGCACAGCUAUACAGUCAUAUUUCAACGUUUCACUGAAGCUAUUUCAUGAUGUGGCUAAUGAUUGUGUUGACUGGUUGUCCUUGAGCCGCCUCGUCGACCCCCAAGUUACCCCGGAAACGGAGAAGAAUGAGAAAAAAGAAGUAGAAACUCUCAAAGAAAUGGCUUUUGCAAGGUUGUUGGAUUACCCAAAGAAUGAUCCUCUACACGGCCAAGCGAAAGAAGAAUCCAAGAAUCCGCCAAAUGUCAUGCCGGUAAAUUCGAUGUCGCAGAUGGCACUGGAAGAUCCACCCCAGCAGGAAAAGAAGAGUAAGACAAACAUUGCUACUAUUGAUGCGGAGUGGGUGUCCACAAAGGAGAAAAUCGAAUUGGAAAUCAAAGAAAAGAAGGGCAGACGUAUCUAUGUUCCAGUACGACAUCAAAUGGGCUGGUUAAUGUGGCUUCGUCUCGGGACUUGGAAGGAGACUCCAGAGGCAAGACUAGGACAACUGAAAAAGAUAAAGGAUGGGUUCAAAGACGUAUGGAUGACGGCCACAGCUACAGACCCUGAAUCUGCUGCUGGAUAUCGUGCUCGAUUCUCGUCCGCCAAUCUGAAUUUCCCUUUACUUGUUGUCCCAGAACCGGACAAUCUUAUCCUUCGGUUGCAAUGGCCACCGGACCAGGUGUACACCUUUUUUCAGAGCCUUGUCGACAAAAUCAACAAUGAAACGUCUCAGGGUCUUACCAGGCUGGAAGUCAUAAAAACGCGUCCAACGCCGGACGAUGCUCGCUACGUCGAGAUGGGAGAGAAUCCAUUUGGCCUAUUCACCACGUACAUUGCAUAUGACGACUUCAAUACGUACAUGAAAAGGCUCGAGACCCUGGAGGGACAUGAAGACCAAAAUCUCACGAGAAAAGACGCACACCGUGACAUUACAUUGGACACCAAUCAAGUAAGUGCCCGUCUUACUGCCAUGUAUCAACCAAUGGGGGAGUCGGACAGUAAAGGUGGAACCAAAUACACCAAGGCGCAAACCGAUGUCAUAUGUGUAAUGAGAGGUUGGGAAACCAAAAUAGGAAUCAUGCCCACCGAUCAAAUGAUAUAUGUCAAAGAAGGCAAUACUUAUGACGGCAAGUUCGGGUCUACUUGGCGCAUCGAGGUCAGCAGUGUCAAAAUCUCCGAUGCACGAGGCAAGCGUAUCGCAAAGUAUGCACCGGCCAAGAUAAUGGGAAUGUCAGCCAAUGAAGCCGCUGAAAAGGCCCUUGGAUGGCAGCCACUGCAUAAGGCGAAACAGUUGCUGGGUUAUGACCACAGAAUGACUAGCGGGUUUUUUAUGGCUGAAUGGCUUCAUCUCUGCGCUUUCUCAUGGGGAGGCCUCACGACCUUUUCGCAGAAAGGUCAACUCUUGUAUCGAUCGAGUGAUAUUCCUGGAAAUCUGGUCCUUGGAACUUCCGAGACAAACUCUGUGAUGACAAGAUUUGAAAAGGCUUGGCAAACCCUUGUCGUCGACAGCCCCGACCUUGAUUCACCCUUUCGCUGCCCUAAACUUAAAGUCACUCGCAACUGCGGUGACGAACAAGUGGUACGCGACGCGAGAAACACCUUGACGGGCAAUUACUUCCGUACCAUAUCUCAAAUGUCAGAUAAGGAGAAAACCUUAGCAAAGUCGCAUGACUUUCUCGCAUACACAAUCUCCUAUUCCAUGUGUUUUCCAAAAGGCUGCAAGUUGCUGAACACGGGCAAUUCUUCAAGUCUCCACACCACCUUUUACCCCUUUUUGAGACCUCUAUAUCACAAGCUCGAAGACGAACUUGACAGUGUCCUGUAUGAGGGGAUGAAACAGAGGCUUCAUGGCACAUCGAUGAACAGUUCUUUGAAUCCCGGUCCCCACAAUCAAAACGGUCAACCCGUAUUCACAGGUGUUAUUCCAUACAAGACUACGUCGGCAGGGAUCAAUGUGAGUUAUAUAAAUGUGGUUCAGGACCAAAACAACCCUCAUGGCUCUGGCGAUGAUUACGAUGGCAUGAGUAAAAACACAAUCAAGAAAAGACCAGUCAUUCCGUAG